UUUGGGUGGAGUUUGCAUGUUCUUCCUGUGUCUGUGUGGGUUUUCUCUGGGUGCUCCAGUUUCCUCCAACAGUUCAAAGACAGAUUAGGUAAAAUACUCAGCCACUGGGGUUGUGCAAGCCAGUGUGUACUUGGUGCUGGUCCCAAGCCAGGAUAGAUUUGGGAAGGUUGCAUCAGGAAGGGCAUCUAGCAUAAAACCUAUGCUAAAUCAAAUAUGUGGAAAAUAAAUUGGAUGAUUUGCUGUGGCGACCCCUAAUGGGAGCAGUUGAAAGAUGAAGAGCAGUAAUUUUAUAUGUAUAUUUCACAGUUAUUCCACGAAAUCGAGUCGUACAUCGUUUAUCAGCCAUGUACGAUGAGAUUGAGUGGAAUAACUGUUUAAUUAUGUCCACAUUCACUGGAUUUUGAGAAACAGAGCAUUUUUAUUUUUUGCAAAUUUGAUUGAUGUCACUUGGCUCACGUUGAUUCUGACCAAAGGUCAUGUCCCACAUUGCACACUGCAUAUAAAGCAGCUGAGUGUGCACUCGAGACUCAGUUACAGCCUGUAACAGAGAACAGAGCAGCACAUCUGGACAGAUUUCUACUGACUUUUCCGAACAGAAGAUUGCGUAUCAACAAACCACUGCACCUUCCCAGCUGUGAAGUUAUAAUGUAGCUGCUGUACAGUACACUAACAGCUAUCCGUUUUUUGCACGCAGAACCAUGGAGUCUUUCCCCAGCGUCAGUGCAGGAAGCCUGGAUUUAGACCUGUCGUAUGUGCAGCAUGCCAACUUGAACCUGGAGCGCAUCACAGAGCCGCAAUGCAAACAGAUCCAACAGCUUCACCUGACAUACAACAGCCUCACAUUUUUCCCCUCUUCCCUCUGCAUGUUUUCCAACCUGGAGUACCUGGACAUGAGCAACAACGCGCUCGUUGUUUUCCCUGAAGACAUUCUGCAACUCACCAAACUAAAGACGCUGGUGGCGAAAAAUAACCAGCUGGACGAAGCAUCAUUUCCGAAGCAGUUCAGUUCGAUGCUCAUCGAGACGCUGAACUUCAGUGGGAACCGAUUUAGAGAAAUACCAAGCCAGUUCCUGGAACUGAGUCAACUGCGCUCUCUGUCCAUGGGAGGAAACAGAUUAAAAAGCAUCCCAGCAGAAAUAAAAAAGCUCACCAGGCUGGAGAUGCUGUAUCUGGGAGGGAAUCUGAUCUCGUUCAUUCCUCCUGAGCUGGCUAACUUGCACCUCCUCAAGUACCUGGUGCUAUGUGACAACUGUAUCCGGAGUGUUCCACCUCAGCUAUACAGGCUGCACUCCUUGCUGUCUCUCAGUCUCCAUAACAACCUCCUGACAUUUCUACCACGCGAGCUCCUCAGCCUCGUGCACCUACAGGAGCUCAGUCUUCGCGGCAACCCUCUGGUAGUGCGCUUCAUCAAGGACAUAACCAAUGACCCCCCGUCCUUGCUUGAGCUGGCAGGACGGACCAUUAAAUCCCACAAUGUUCCAUACCUCGUGAGUGACCUCCCAGCCAACCUGUGCCGCUACCUGAACUCAGCCAGCAAGUGCCCCAACCCCAGAUGUGCAGGUGUAUACUUUGAGUCACGAGUGCCCCACAUCAAGUUCAUCGACUUCUGUGGAAAGUACCGCCUGCCCCUCAUGCACUAUCUCUGCUCUCCUGAAUGUAGUUCUCCCUGCAGCUCCAACUCACAGAGCGACGCUGAGUCAGAGGACGAGAGCAGCGUGUCAGAAGACAAGCUUCAGAGGGUGCUGCUGGGAUAACAGACUUAAACAAUCUUCUACAAGUCUUAAAGAAUAACAAUAGUCCCGGUUCAGUGUUGAAUAGCAACUUCCUGGUGAGCAUGUCCAUGGACAUUCAUGACUGAGCUUAAAGUGGCCCAUAAAUUGAUGUAGUCUACUAUUGGCCAGUCCAAGUGAUUGAUUUGCUUGAUUUGACCCCUAAACAUGUGCAUUUCUUCUUGGUCUAUAUUACGUUUGAUGGCUUGUUCAUGACCACAGUAGUCAUCUUGUCUACAUCUUUGAUUUCAACAUUCCAUGAGUGGUGGUAAAGACAUCUUUUUCACAUCUUAUAAACAGUUUUGUGCUCACUGGGUCACACAGUCGAUGCUCUUGGAAAUCCUGAAGAUAGCAUUUGUCAAAUACUAGUGCAUUCCAGUCUCUACUGGAAGGACACAGGUCAACAUUCUGAGACAAGGACCUCCAGAUAAGGCACAAACUGCAUUGGACAAAUACAAGUCAUUGAAAAACUAUAUGGCCAAAAAGUAUGUGGAACCCUGACCAUCACACCCAUAUAUUUCCACUUCUAAAACCAUGAGCUUUAACAGUGCAAAUUGGUGGUCCCAAUUUUUUUUUAUAAGAGCCUCCACGCUUCUGGGAAGGCUUUCCACUAGAUAAUAAAACAUGUCUGUGGGGAUUUAUCCAUUUAGCCACAACAGCAUUAGUGAGAUCACGCAUUGAUGUUGUUGAGGAGAUCUGGUAUGCACUCAGUGUUCCAGUUCAUCCCAGAGGUGUUCAGCGGGGUUGAGGUCAGGCACUUGAGUUCUUCCACUCCAACCUUGGCAAACCAUGUCUUCUUGAAGCUUGCGUACUGCACAGUAUCACUGUCAUGAUGAAUAAGGUUUGGGCCUUUUAGUAUCAAUGAAGGGAAAUCUUAAUGCUACAGCAUUAAGAUAUUCUAGACAAGUGUGUGCUUCCAACAUUGUGGCAAUAGUUUGGGGAAGAAACACAUAUGGGUGCGAUUGUCAGGUGUCCACAAAUGUUUGGCCAUGUAGUGUAAUUUAUCUUGAAUUGAAGCAUUUUUAACUUAGUAUCAAUAUAUACGUAGCUCGAUGCAAUGUAAA